AAACAUCAACAAGACAAGACAACGCCCAUUUCCAUUCUUCUUUCUAUUUCUGUUCGCCUUAAAGCUCAGCUUUAACUUUUAUAUUGGCUGCUUCGAUAGUGUGACGAACGACUGACACUGUGAAGAUUGUCACAAUGAAUAUUUUAAAAGACUCCGCUUUGGAAAAUGUAACGAAAGAUAUUGGGGAAAUUUCUGCAAGACUGUUUGACCACAGAGCCAUUUUGCAAGGAGAAAUAAAAUAUUUCAUCAAAGAAUUUGAGACAAAGCGAAAUGACCGGGAAUGCAAGAGACUCGAAGCCACCCUUCAGAAAUUGAAAGAUGUAGAUGAAACUGUCGCUCCAGAUUGCAUAGGUAUCAUGAAAGAACACAUUCCAAACUUGCUUGAUCAAUUGGAGGCAGCUAACAAGAUAUGUUCUAAUCUGCAGAGCAAAGAGGAAAAACAUAUGGAGAUCAAGACACUUGAUGAUCAACGUAAGAAGAGAGAAGAUAAUUGGUCCUAUUUCUUGGAGGAGUUGUCUAAGGAAAGAGAUCGGGAAGACAUCCAACAUGCCAAUGAAAUCAAAGAGAUUGAUGAUCACUUUGCAAAACUAGAAGAAGCACUUGGGACAUCAGCUACGUGAGGGACGUCGGGAGUUUUGCAUGAACCAUCUCAUCAGUGAUUGUCAUUGGAAAAUUUACUCUGAGCCAAUCAGAUGCAAGGAUUUCCGAAGCAACAAAAAUAUAUAUAGUCAGUGAAAAUCAUUGACCAUUUGUUUUGUGAAAGGCUCCCCAGAGUUUGAUUUUGUGAAACUUGUUACAAAUGAUGAAUGUGAAAUUUCUAAGACCACUUUAGCAUCAGCCAAUCGGAUCACUGUAUCAGUAGUUUUUACAGUUGUUAUUACUACCAGUUUUGUGAAACUGGGUCCUAGUGAGAAAGGAUAAUGGAAUCUACCUACUGUCUCAGAGCUUGAAUUCCUUGAUGAAUGAAAGUGAUAUGUUGUUUAUAAGUUUCCAUGGUUACUAAUCCAGUGAAAGCCAAGCAUCAAAUAAGUACAGUAGGGGUGUUUGUGUGACCAGGGAGGUGUUUCACAAAGAUCGAAGUAGGACUAAGGGUCGCACUUAAAUGCCUAGUUGCGUGCAUUAUAAAAGACAUGACCGCAUGGGUCAGAUCAUGCCAAGAGGAUGCUGGCUACUGCGUAUUGAUCAAUAAGAUUGCACAUUGCAUAUCAUACAGGCUUCGGCACUUAAGUAUGACACUGAGUCAUACUUAAAUCUUUGUUAAACACCCCCCCCCCUUCAGAUAACCUUGAAAUUUUCAGCUGUUUAGAGAUAUAUUGGCUAAAAAAGUAAAUCCCAAACUCAUAUGGGCAGUGCUUCACAAAGAUUUAAAACAGAGUAAAAGGUAUUUUUAUAAAGUACCAAUGUCCUGCACAUGCACUUGAUAUUCCACCCAUAAUCUAAUUGAUUUAUUUGCGAUAGAGCACAUCCCAUUGUCAUAGCUCACCCAUUGCAGUGAUGCAUUAUCUAUUUAACUGAAUUUAAAUUAAGAUUGGCUUAAUUUUAAUCAUGAUCCGAUUAUGAAAACCCACACUCUUUUUUCUUAAUUCCUCUCUAACAGUACACCUUAUUUCAUGUGAUCCUAAUUGCUGAAAAUCUUGUUUGGGUUUUAUUUUCUAAAUUAUUAUUUUUUUUUUUUAUUUGUGACCAUUGUAGAUUUUGUCUAUCUUCCUAAUUAUCAGACCUUAUGACUCUACAACCCAUCAUAUCUAUGACAAAUAUAAAUAUUUGUUAAAGAAUCCCAUACUUUGUAUAUUUGUUUCACAUGCUUGGAAAAAAAUUGAUCCCUGAAAUUUUUGCUCCAGUACACAACUUUUCAACAGUACCAUUUUGUAUUGUGUUUUGGCAAGUCCUAAGUCUGAAGCGUGAAUCCCCAAAAUCUUCAAAUAAUUAUUCUAUGUUACGAAAUGUUAAAUCAUUUGAAGUUCAUGUAUAUUGUUUAAAGAAUUAAUAUUUUUAUUCGGAAUCCAUCAGUUUUGAAUGAGAUUCUGAAGUCUUUUAAUUAUAUUUUGCCUCUUCACAGUCUUGUUUGUUUACUAUGCAAGGUGCAAUAAAGAAAUCAUCUAAAACAAUUGUAUUCAUUGUUCAUGCAGGAAUUUAUCAGAAUUACAUAGUGUGUUGUGACCUGGUGCCACUGCCACAAACAAUUGAAACAAGCCUAUAUCCAUAAAUGGGUGAUUGGUCUAAACUAACUUUGGUCUGCUCUCUGGUCUAAUCACCUAUGAUCCAGUCUUAGCUCUUAGCUUAGAGAUAGAGCUCAUCUACAACCAGUUUGUCUACCAACCAUUUGGUCUAAUUGCAUUAAACCCCAUUUACCAUUUUGUCUAAUUCCAGUUUAGUAGGCUAUACCCAUCUUCAUUAAUACCUACUUGGUUGGAAUCACUUAGUCUAUAUGAUCACUGUUUAUGGAGGCGCGAUUGCUCAGUCGGUGGAGCAGGGGAUUCAUAUUCCGGUGACCCGGGUUUGAUUCCCACUUGUUGCGCCUGUGCCCUUUGGUAAGGCUCUUAUCCUCAUUACCAGGUCCUUUGGAGAGGACCAUAAGCCAUCGGUCCUCUGGUUGCUUGCUUACAAGCAUUUCUGCUUUCUUAGCAAUCGGGUAAAAAAAUCCCAUUCAAUCAAACACUGUUUGUGAACCCAGUUAUUAAUUUGACAAAUUCUAUAAGUGCAAGUAGAUGAAGUGGAAGUUAGACCAUCUGGGCAUUAGACAAUUUGCCAGUUAGUCUGUAUGAGUAGUAGAC